UGUAUGGAAACUCGCGCAGGAUAUCCCAGCUUGGAGAAAGACCGAGGAGCGCGAGUCAAUAAACAAAUGAAUCGCGAUGACAUAUUUAGACUGCCCACAAGACUGAUGUAGAGGAAGGGGACGAGCGGAUGCCGUCUUCUGAUUACCAUGUCAUAAUGAGAUGCCUGAAAGACACAGGAGUAAAGUCCCCACCGGAUGUUCAGUAUUCAGCCUCUGGUGUUGUUCUCCGGUAUCAGUCUGUGUUAUACCGGGACUCAGCGAGUGUGUAUGUGUGUGGUUGACACCGAAGCGUCGACCAGGACCCGGCGCGCGCGUGUGUGUGUGUGUGGGUGACACAGAAGCGUCGACCAGGACCCGGCGAGUGUGUGUGUGUGUGUGGUUGACACCGAAGCGUCGACCAGGAACCAGACCAGUGUCGUCCCACAAGGUCUGGUCCUCGACGUCAGCCAGAAUGGUGAACUGCACUAUCAUCAAAGACUACCCGGGCUGGGUCAUCGCUUCCACGUAUGGAAAGUGUUUUGUAAGCGUCCUAGGAGCUGUAGGUAACAGCAUGAGCCUGUGGUGUCUGGUCAAGUGCGGCAGGACUAACAAGGCCACCAAGUUCCUUCUGUGCUUCUUCUUCAGCAUCUUGCUGGGUGUGUGUGUGGUCACUCUCCCGUCCAUAUCCUUCGUCAACCACGCCAGGGCCUUCUGCCAGUACGAGUGGGUCCCUGAAGGCUUCUACAUCACUACAUCCAUCUUCAGUACUUUUCUUAUUCAGUUCGAGAGGGUGAACUUCACAGCCAUUUCUGUUUUCAGGUGUGUGGCGGUGUGGGAGCCUCACGUCUUCCACAAGGUCUCCAGAGUCAGUAUCGUCUUAAUUAUGGAGGCGGUUCUUGCAUUCUAUGUCGUCCUACCCUGGCUCUUGGGCGUCAUUCUGAGCCACGGUGAUGUGCACUAUGACGGAAAGGUUUCGCAGGUCAAAUUUGGGGAGAAAAGUCUGAACGAUAUGGUCUACAGGUGGUAUGGGGUCAACUACACCACCACCUUCCUUGCUACACUCCUGGCCUACAUACUCCUCAUUGUAGCCAUCGUUCGUCGGGAGAAGCGAGCGGGAGAGCGGACGACGGACGCCACCAUGGACCACGUCUCCUUCACCAUCCAGGUCAUCCUCUUGGCCAACCUGCUUCUCGACGGUCCUCACGUGAUAGUGCACUUACUCGAGGGUCAGCGCCUGGCCAACAUCAUCAUCCACAUGAUCUUCAACCUGCACCUGGUAAUCGAUCCCGCGGUGUUUGUGGGCCUCAACGUCCACUAUCGCAGCGCCGUUCUUCACCGGAUCAAGACCUGUGUGCCUCACAGCGUCGCCGCCUUAAUCAGUUCUCAGGCCAACACCACUGAUAUGAAUAUCCCGGUGACGCCUCCUGGAGGAUCCACAACAGAACCUUUUGGGCUUCACAACAAGUGUAUAAACUCACAUCAACAAGACGUCAUAGUCUAGUGCUCACUCUGUUCUGGGACUAAUAGUACACACUACUCUUGUACCAACAGCAACAGUCGAACUGAAGCAGCCGCAGGGUAACUGCCAGACCAAUCUCAGAAUCUGCAUAAUAAUUCUGCACUAUAAGCGUCCUAUUUACAUAUAUAUUCCAUUAUUAUUAUUAAUAUAUAUAUAUAUACAUACUUAUACUUA